AUGUCUUCAUUAUCCAUUAUUGAAAUAAGCGAGUUAUUGUUUUGUAACAGAUUUGAUUUUAUACUGUGCCAUCGUUUCACCCAAGAUGCAGUCGAAAACCUUUUUUCCCAAAUGCGUCGCAAGGCUGGACAAACUCCAAAUGCAAUUCAAUCCCUCAGAGCCCUCAAAAUGAUACUAAUGUCACAGUAUAUUUCUGAUGUAAAACGUUGUAAUUACAUGAACGACUGCGAUACAUUUUUAUUAAAUCAUUUUACAAAAGUUCCUGAGAACUUCAAUAGUACUUCUUCUGUUAAUAUACUUCACCCGACUUAUAAUGUUAAGCCACUAGAAUUAUUAGAUUACGUAGAAAACAUUUCAGAGGCAUUUAAAAUUCUCCCUGAAUAUGAUAUGAAUAUUGUAUUUCAUUUGGCUGGCAGUGCCACAAAUGCAAUAUUAAAAUUAGCAUGUAAUGAUUGUUCUAUGUUCAUGUGCAACACCAAAGAAACUAAAAACCUUCCAGAGAAAUACAAGUUUUACACAAAAUCAUUGAAAAAAGGAGGAUUGAAAGAACAAUAUAUCAAUACAGUACUUUUCAUAUUGAAUUGUGAAUUAGUGUACAGAAAAUAUAAAACCCAAAUUUACACAACUCAAAUUUUAAUAUCGUAG